CUCGCCCUCCCCCACCUGCGGAAGGUCCAGGGCAACAUCAUCAACAUCUCCAGCUUGACUGGGGCCAUUGGCCAGUCCCAGGCAGUGCUCUACUCUGCCACCAAGGGGGCAGUCACAGCCAUGACCAAAGCCUUGGCCUUGGACGAGUGCAAAUAUGGCGUCCGAGUCAACUGUAUCGCCCCAGGGAACAUCUGGACCCCGCUGUGGGAGAUGGUGGCAGCCUCCUCGCCAGACCCCGAGGCCGAGAUCCGGGAGGGGGUGCUGGCUCAGCCGAUGGGCCGCAUGGGCAAGCCCGCUGAGGUGGGCGCCGCAGCUGUGUUCCUGGCCUCCGAAGCCACCUUCUGCACAGAUAUGGGCCCGAAAACUUCUCCCUGUCGCUUGGCUUCUGUGUGGUCCCAGAAGAUGUGCUUCUUCCAACUUCAAGGCUGCAGACCUGCAAAUGCAAAUGACACAAGAGCCGAAAAAGAAGCCCAGCUCCAGUGAGCCCCUGGUGUUUGGGAAGAUGUUUACUGACCACAUGCUGAUGGUGGAGUGGAAUGGAGCAAAGGGCUGGGGCCAGCCCCGGAUCCAGCCCUUCCAGAAUCUCAUGCUGCAUCCGGCCUGCUCUGGUCUCCACUACUCCCUGCAGCUCUUUGAGGGCUUGAAGGCCUAUAGAGGCAGGGACCAGCAGAUUCGCCUCUUCCGACCCUGGCUCAACAUGGACCGGAUGCUGCGCUCGGCCCAGCGGCUCUGCCUGCCGACUUUUGACAAGGCCGAACUGCUGGAGUGUAUCCGCCGCCUCGUGGAGGUGGAGAAGGACUGGGUUCCCAACGGGGCUGGCACCAGUCUCUACGUGCGGCCUGUGUUCAUCGGGAAUGAGCCCUCACUGGGUGUCGGUUGUGUCACACAAGCCCUCCUGUUCGUCAUUCUCUGCCCCGUGGGCUCCUAUUUCCCCGGAGACUCCAUGGCCCCCGUCUCCCUGCUCGCAGACCCAACAUUUAUCCGAGCCUGGAUGGGGGGUGUCGGUGACUACAAGCUGGGUGGGAAUUAUGGGCCCACUGUGUUAGUGCAACGGGAGGCUCAGAAGAAGGGCUGCGAGCAGGUGCUCUGGCUGUACGGGCCCGACCAGCAGCUCACUGAGGUUGGCACCAUGAACAUCUUCAUCUACUGGACCUACGAGGAUGGUGUACUGGAGUUGGUGACACCCCCGCUGGACGGGAUAAUCCUGCCUGGAGUCGUCAGACAGAGCCUGCUGGACCUGGCCCAGUCCUGGGGUGAGUUCCGGGUAGCGGAGCGCAAGAUCACCAUGAAGGAGUUGCUGCACGCGCUGGAGGAGCAGCGGGUACGGGAAAUCUUUGGCUCUGGCACUGCUUGCCAGGUCUGCCCUGUGCACCGGAUCCUGUACGAAGGCAAGAACAUCCACAUUCCCACCAUGGAACAUGGGCCUGAGCUUAUCCUUCGCUUCCAGAAGGAGCUAAGGGGAAUUCAGUACGGAACCAGCCCGCAUGAGUGGAUCCUCUCUGUCUGACGCUGCGGCCUAGGCUGGACCACACCUCAGAUCAACCAACCUGUCACCGACUUGCCUGAAGUGCAAUAAGAGGAUGAGGGCCGGACGCCUGGGUCUCUGGCGCCCCCUAGUGAUUGCUACACUCCCAAAGCCAUAAGGAGUGGGCCCUGCAACUUGGAUGGGGACCAGGCCCUAACCCUUGCUGCUCCAAGUUCAUUUCCUGGAGGGUCAGAGAUGUUUUGUGGCCUCCACUCUGUAUCUCUCUGCUCUUAGGCCCGUCCCCGGUGCUGCCAUUAAUUUUUCUGUCUUUGCUGCAAUUUUGAAAUAAAAUGCCAAAGAACAAGA